AUGAAUAUGUUGUUGUCUUAUUUCACUCUUGUUUUAGCAUGCGGUAUUGCGUUUGCUAUUCCCAGUCGAGAAAAUACAUUACUCGAACGAAUGAGAAUUCUCGGUCCAUUGGCUUAUGCGGAUAGUCGUAUAGGUUUUACAUGUACGGCAUUAGAGCCAUCACCAACUGUUCCUACUUCAGUUCAUGCUUUACGACCAUCUGAUAUUAAACAUAUUGCUGCUAUUGGUGAUAGUUUGACUGCAGCUAAUGGUGCCAAAGCAGUCACUAUUAUUGGUCUUCUCAUCGAAUAUCGUGGUGUUUCAUGGAGCAUCGGUGGUGAUUCUGAUCUUACUAAAGUUGUUACUUUAGCCAAUAUUAUUAAAAAAUAUAAUAGAAAUCUUAAUGGUUUCUCAACCGGUACUGGUAAUCAAAAUGCAACAAAUGCUUUGUUCAAUGUUGCUAAACCAGGUGCUGUUUCAGCUGAUAUGCCAGGUCAAGCUAAUAUGUUAGUUAAUCGAAUGAUUGAAAAAUUAGGCCCUAGUAGAUUCAAUUCAGAAUGGAAAUUAGUAACAUUCUUCAUUGGUGGUAAUGAUCUUUGUUCUUAUUGCGAAGAUACUAGCCGUUAUAGUGCAGCAACUUAUACAAAUAAUGUUAAAACAGCACUUGAUAUAUUACAUAGUAGAAUGCCACGUACUCUUGUUAAUUUUGUUACUGUUCUUAAUGUUGCUGAACUCGAAGAUUUACAUGAAGGUGCUGUCUGUCAAAAUAUGCAACUAUUUCUAUGUGAUUGUGCUAUUAAGAAGGAGACACGUGAAAUGGUUCGUCUUGCUAAUCUUGCAUAUCAAAAAGCAACAAAUGAGUUAAUUGAUUCCGGUAUUUAUGAUACAAGAGAUGAUUUUACUGUUGUUCGUCAACCAUUUAUGGAACAUAUGAAAGUUCCUACAGCAUCUAAUGGCAAACCUGAUUUUUCAUAUUUCGCACCUGAUUGUUUUCAUUUCAGUUCAAAAGGUCAUGAAGCUGCUGCUGUUGAACUUUGGAAUAAUAUGAUGGAAAAAGUGGGUUAUAAGACAACUCGAUGGGAUUUAGCAGCUACGCUCAAAUGUCCAUCAACAGGCAAUGGAUACAUCUAUACAUCAAAAAACAGUUAA